AUGCAUUCCGUAUCGGCUUCGUCAAGUCGUAUACUGUACGACGUGCCGUGUGCGGUGUGUAGCGAUCAUUCUUCAGGCAAGCACUACGGUGUAUUUGCCUGCGAUGGCUGUGCGGGCUUCUUCAAGCGAUCCGUACGACGCGACCGACGCUACUCGUGCAAGGCACGGAACUCGGGCGGCUGCAUCGUCGACAAGGCUCAUAGAAACCAAUGCCGCGCCUGCCGCCUAGAUAAAUGCCUGAAGGUUGGCAUGAACAAAAAUGCCGUUCAACACGAAAGGGGUCCCCGAAAUUCCACCAUACGACGCCAAAUGGCGCUUUUUUUGAAAGAUCCACCGCCAGGCACCGAGGUACCGGUAGCAGGACCUCCUCCGCUGAACCUAGCCUUACCAAAACAUAACUUGGUACCGCCGCCACCAUUACCAUUAUACAAUCCAUACAAUUAUCCACCUAUGGGCAUAUUUAAUAGUCCAAUAACGCCCAUGCUGGCGAUGCCGCCAUCACCACCUAUUUUAAACCCGGCGAUGUUCAGGCCCAGCGACCCAUCAACGAUUUGUGAAUCAGCUGCUAGACUGCUUUUCAUGAACGUGAAGUGGUCACGAAACAUUCCAGCAUUCGUCAAUCUUUCCAUGGAAGAUAGACUUGCCCUUUUAGAAAACUCGUGGAAAAAUCUAUUUAUUCUAGGGGCUGCUCAAUUUCUUUACCCCAUGGAUUUAAACAUGCUAGUAGAUAGGAAUAUUUCAAUUGUAGUUAAUAAAAAAGAAAUUGAAUUCUUUGAAAAAUCAUUAGAAGAAAUAUCAUUAUUAAAUCCGGAUGCGAAUGAAUAUGGUUGCCUCCGGGCCAUAAUGCUUUUCAAUAGUCGCUUAGACAAGGACGGCGGCGGCAGUCCCAACAGCACCGGCUCGGAGAAUAAAAAACUGCAGAACGUAGCCGCCGUCGCGCUCCUCGAGGAACAAUCAACGCUCAUGUUGAAUGAGUAUUGUCUCCGGGCAUAUCCACUGCAGCUGCGCCGGUCAAGCCGACUCAUGGGCCUGAUACCCAUGAUCAAGAACGUGCCAAGCUUUACCAUUGUCGAGCUGUUCUUCCGAGCUACUGUUGGUGACAUCCCGAUAGAACGGAUCCUAGCCGAUAUGUAUACAAAUGGAAGAGCUGUAUAA